GGAACGGCUGACGUAAGCGGGUCGACGCGUCGGCGCGGGGGCGGCGGGGGCGAGGGUCUUGUUGAUGUUUCGUUACGUCAGCCGGGCAUCGCGGCGACAUGAAUCGGGCCGGCAGGGGCAGGAGCAGAGCAGGAGGGAGACGGGGCAGACGAGACAGGGGUGAUAGGACGGGACGGGGAGGCAGACGGGCAGCAGCGGAUCGUGGCGGGGUGGGAGUGCUGCAGGAAGGGCCAGGAUAGAAGAGUCAGUCACACACACACGCAAACAAGAGGUCGACCUAGUACUGCCUUGACACACGGACCGCCACACACACGGCCGACACAGUCCGACACCCGCACACGCCCCCAUGAGACUGCUUUCGCAGAGUAGCAGGAGGAAGAAGACCGGCGGGGGAGCAGCAGACACAGACACAGGCACAGGCAGCGACGCCGGGGCCAGCCCGAGCCCGAGCAGCACAAGCUUGUCCACGUCGUUCACACCGACACCGGGCAACAGCAAGACGCACUCGCGGUCGUCGUCGCUGCGGUCGCACAGCAGCUUCCACAUGUCUGUGACCAAGAACACAACGCCGUCGCCGUCGAGCAAGGUCUCGCCCAACAACUCGUCGCUCUCGGUCCCGGCGCUGUCGUCGGUGUCGCCGCUGCUCUUCUCCAAGUCGCCCUCCCUCUCCGUCAUGAACAACGGCUCCUCCGCCGCCGCGUCCGCGUCCUUCCCGCUCUCCAACGACACCCAGCGCCUCGAGCUCAUCAGGGUCAUCGAGCAGGCUCUCGCCAAGUUCUCCGCCCUGAAGAAAAACAACACUCUCAAAGCAAACAUCCUCAGGCUGAACCUGCUCCCGUUCCUUCGCUUCCCGAUCAAGCCCUUCAUCAACGUCAACGAGCUCCUCUCCACCGCCAUCCCGGACCUUAACGUCGACCUUCUCCUCCUUGAGACGAGAGCUCUCCUGGGCUGGUGGGCAGACCUCCUCAACAUCCUCCUCGUCGACUACCAGUCCAUCUCCGGCCUCGACCGGAACUGCUUUUUUGAGUCUGUCUCUCGCUUGCUCUCACACAACAUCUGGCUGCUCUUUCAGGCGAACGUCGCCUUUUCCACCCAGUUUAGCGACACCUACGAAAACUACAAGCGUCUCCUGCUGCAGACUUUUGAGUUCGCCAUCCUUAGACUCAACUCAAAGUCCGUCUCCUUAUCUGCUUCCAUCUUCAUAGGGAAAAUACUCUCCUACGCCUUUUUCCAUCUCCCAUCCAUUUCGAGAGGUUUAUCAUUCCUUUUAAAUACAAAACUUGUCAACUACAAAAAAAUAUACAACCUCUGCAUCUUUGACUCCUUCAAUAACUUGAACCCAAACUUCAUGAACCAGUUCCCGAAUAUAUUGAGCGACCUUACCACACAGUUUCCAACACAUUUGACCCCGCUCAUCAGCUCAAACAUCCAGCCAAGAGACGUCAACUAUAUCAUAGAAGCACAGUUCAUGAAUUCUAUCUUCCCACCUAGGGAAAAAAUAGAAGGUAUACGAGAAACGAAGGGAGUUUGGGUCAACAGGUGGUCUUCAGUUGAAAACGUCUCCUUGUUUUGCUCAUUCUUUAGAAACUAUCUCACAAUUUCUUCCAUCUACUUGAAAAACUUCCCUCUCAUGAUGAUUGAUCAGUAUUACAUAUUUGGGAUGCCAGGAUUCCUAGCCUUCCUUACCCAUGUCUACCAAAUCUUUAGCCUGCAGCUCAAAAAUGCAGCCAUAAGAAAUACAAACUCAAACUCAAAGAUCAGAAACAACAUCUACAACAACAACAUCCCCUACAAUGAUGCUCUUCUGGCCAUUCCACCAAAAGUUUCCAACGAAUCCAAUAUUGACAAAUGCUUCAACAUUCUUCGUGAUCUUCUAGUCAAUCCAAGGAAUUCAAAUGAACGGUUACUCAAGCCUGGUGCCAUCAAGGGAUAUGAAAAUAUCUUAAAAUUAUUCAUUACGAAGACAAAUAUUUUGGACACCUUUAUGGUUGAAACUUUACUAGACAUACUCAUCCAGUUUUUGAAAACAAUCGACGUCCUAGAUGAAACGAAUCUAAAUGAAAUGAACCACUCAAUCAUAGACUGGAACUUUUGGCUGGAUGUCCUCAUUCGCUUAUUAGACUCAAACAACUUGAAUUGUGAAGUGAAGGCAAUAUCAACGCUCUAUCAAAUUUGGGACUUCAUACCCAAUGAUAUAUAUCAGUGUGACUCAGACUUGACGAAUAGGAAAUAUUGGUUUACAGAUCCUUUGGAACAUUUGAAAAUGAACCUGAUAGAAUAUUUGCUAAGUUCCACAAACUGGUGCAAAUUUUUUGGCCAUUACAUGCCUUUCGAAAGAAGCUUGUUUGUGAAACUUCUAAUUUGGAAGAUUUUGGGGAUUUCUUCAUUCGAAAACCUAGUUUGCUUACAAGAUUUUAAGUUGAAAAAUAGUUGUGAUGAAGCGAAGAUAAAAAAAUUGGUCAGAUCGAGACUGCACGAAACCUAUGAAAAGACAAAAAAAUGCAUCUUUCAACCUUCAGAUUUGCUGAUGAACAAGAAAUUUGUUAUUAAUAGAACUUCAGGAUCGGAAAUUAAGAGGAGAGACAAAAAGCUUAGAACAUAUCCUUAUGAAGUUUUAGAUGAUGCAGUAUAUACGUCAUUCAAGCAAUCCACACCAUUAAAUUCAAAGGCGUCAAAUUCAACACUAGGAAUACCACGAUCAACUUCUGCUGGCUCGUUGAAUGAUCCUAAAGAGCCAAAGGGAAAAGGUUCAAAUUGGAUGGGCAGGAUCUUCAACAAAUCGCAAUCUCUUUCUGCGAUUAACGAUAGCAAUAGCAAUUCCACGACUAAUGGAUCCAAAGUUUUCGGUAAACUACUGAGUUUUUCCAAAGGGUCUACUGACAAGAAAGAACAGCACUCUCCGAUUUCUUCACUGUCUUCAUCUUUAUCAUCGCUAGAAUUGAACCAGAUUUCAGAGGUAAGUAAUGGAAGCAAUGGUAUCAUAGUAGACAACGAAAAUAAACACUUCUCAUGUCCUCCAGAAUGGGAUCACGACUUAGAUAUUGAGAAGGAGAAUUAUGAGUUCAUUCUAGUCGAUGAUGAACUAAAGAUGCAAUCAUUUUUGCAGAAGCUGAACGAUUUUAACAACUCCACUAGAAAGUUCCACGCUAAAAGUAAGUUAUUGAUGGUUAAUGACGAGCCCAAACUUCCUUCGCUCAAAGUUGAGAAACCACUAGGCUUACAUAGAAAUGGAGAUUCCAGAAUUAAUAUUGAGUCCCUGGAGAGUAUAAUUGACGAAAACGAAGCUCAAGACGACAAAUUUUUAGGAAACGAUGAACUCGAUGAUGAAAUGAUCGAUCUGAGUGGAGGUUUUCAUACUCUCAGUGGGCUAGAUAUUGACCCAAGCCAUAACCAUGGAUAUGACACAGGAACAAAGAUAUAUUUUGAUGGUAGUAACCCGGAAAUAAGAGAAAGGUUGAGAAGCACAGAUGCUCUGACGGCCUAUCUCUCAAAUGGAUUGUUGGAAUAUAACGAAGAAGUAAAUUUAUUUGAGAACUUUUUAGCUGACAGGAUCAGAGAACUCGAUUACAAUGAUCUGACGGUUAUGGAUGACAUGGUUUUGAGUAAGAUACAUGAUGGAUGGAAUGCUACUUCAAAUGAUGCAUCUUCCUCAUCAUUUCUAGAGAUUUCAAUGAGUGGAACCAUUAGGGAUGCCACAGAAAAGACAUACAGAGUGAGUAGAGAAGGCUAUCUCAAACUGAAGAGAGAUAUACCUAACAUUGUUCCCGAACUUCCAGGAGACCGCCUCAACGCGUACUGAUCAGGGAUAGAAUUUUUUAAAUAUACACGUUGAACAGGGCACAAUUGCAUACUAUUGUUUUUAUUAUUAUCAUAUAUUAUCAUUAUUAUCAUAUUAUCAUUAUUAUUACCAUCAUUAUUAUUAUCAUUAUUAUUAUCACUAUUAUUAUCAUUAUUAUUAUCACUUUUUUUUUUACUUUUAUCACAUUAUCAUUACUAGUACUUUUGCUAUUACCAC